GCGAUUCAAAUUACUCAUAGACACUUGUCUCGCCCAAAUCGUAAAAAAGCAGUAGAGCCCUCCAAAAACUUCCCUCAUUCUCACACAGCAAAUCCUUUCUAUUUCUCUGUCGAUUGAAUCAGAAAAAUGCACGCCCCAGUUUUAGUCCUCAAGGAUACUUUGAAACGAGAGUCCGGAAAUAAGGUGCACUAUGCUAACAUCCAAGCAUCUAAGGCUGUUGCAGACAUUAUUCGCACCACUUUGGGUCCUCGAUCUAUGUUGAAGAUGCUUCUUGACGCAGCUGGAGGUAUUGUAGUGACCAAUGAUGGAAAUGCUAUUCUUCGUGAGUUAGAUCUUGCACACCCAGCUGCAAAGUCCAUGAUUGAACUAAGUCGCACUCAAGAUGAGGAGGUUGGAGAUGGAACUACGUCUGUUAUUGUACUUGCUGGUGAGAUGCUUCAUGUUGCUGAAGCCUUCAUUGACAACCACUAUCAUCCAACAGUAAUUUGCCGAGCUUACAACAAAGCUCUAGAAGAUGCCAUAGCUGUGCUGGAAAAGAUAGCUAUGACUGUUGACGUUAAGGAUCGUGCAACAAUGUUAGGCCUUGUAAAGAGCUGUAUUGGCACAAAAUUUACUAGUCAAUUUGGGAAUCUUAUUGCAGAUUUAGCAAUUGAUGCUACAACAACUGUGGGAGUGGAAGUUGGACAAGGCAUCCGUGAAGUGGAUAUUAAGAAAUAUGUCAAGGUUGAGAAGGUUCCGGGUGGGCAACUGGAAGAUUCACAGGUCCUUAAGGGAGUUAUGUUUAACAAGGAUGUGGUUGCCCCUGGCAAAAUGAGAAGAAAGAUUGUAAAUCCUCGUAUCAUCCUUCUAGAUUGUCCCCUGGAGUACAAGAAAGGCGAGAAUCAAACAAAUGCAGAAUUGCUGAGGGAAGAAGAUUGGAGCGUGUUAUUAAAAAUGGAAGAGGAGUACAUUGAGAACCUUUGCAUGCAGAUACUGAAGUUUAAGCCUGAUUUAGUGAUAACAGAAAAGGGGCUGAGUGAUCUAACAUGCCAUUAUCUGAGCAAGGCUGGCGUUUCUGCAAUUAGGAGGUUGAGAAAGACGGACAAUAACAGGAUUGCCAAGGCAUGUGGGGCAGUUAUUGUGAACCGACCUGAUGAGUUACAGGAAUCUGAUGUUGGGACUGGAGCUGGGCUAUUUGAGGUGAGGAAAAUUGGGGAUGAGUUCUUUGCAUUCAUUGUUGAUUGCAAGGAUCCAAAAGCAUGUACUGUUCUCUUAAGGGGUGCCAGCAAAGACCUAUUGAAUGAAGUAGAAAGAAAUUUACAGGAUGCGAUGUCUGUUGCAAGAAACAUUGUCAAGAAUCCAAAACUUGUUCCUGGUGGUGGUGCAACUGAGUUGACUGUAUCAGCGAUUUUAAAGCAGAAGAGCUCAUCUGUUGAAGGCAUUGAAAAGUGGCCUUAUGAAGCUGCUGCAAUUGCCUUUGAGGCAAUACCACGAACUUUGGCUCAGAAUUGUGGUGUCAAUGUUAUUCGAACAAUGACUUCCUUGCGUGGGACGCAUGCAAAUGGUGAAAAUGCUUGGAUUGGCAUAGAUGGUAAUACUGGUGCAAUUGCUGAUAUGAAGGAGAGGAAGAUAUGGGAUUCCUACACUGUGAAGGUACAAGCAUUUAAAACAGCCAUCGAAGCUGCCUGCAUGCUUCUAAGAAUUGAUGACAUUGUGAGUGGAAUAAAAAAGAAGCAGGCACCUGGAGCAGGGGCUUCAUCAAAGCCCAAAGUUGAAGAAGAAGGUGAAGCAGAGAAUGAAGCACUAAUUCCUGAAUGAGAAACGGCAAAAACUUUUGGCACUUAAGCACCAUCUUUGAUGAGUCUAUCUUACAGUUUGGAGUUGUUUUUGGUUUGUAUGCUGUAAAAAGAGUUUAACUGAGCUGAUUUUUUGGUCUAAUUAUUCGAACUAAACUUUCUCUGCUGCUUUGGCCGCAUGUAGUAUCAUGGUCAAGUGCAAGCUAGUAUCCAGUGAUCUUGCCUCUUGGUAGCUCGAUGAACUUUGAGCAUUUUUUAGCAGUUUAGUAUACUUCUUUCAAGUCCUGCAAAUGACAUUUUGCGAUCGUGUAGUACAAGCUUUUGUUUCUUUGUAUCUCAGUAAGAAUUGAUUUCUUCCCU